UCAUCUGGGAAGCGGUUGGCUUGACAAGAGAAUGUCAAACCAUGCCGUGAUAUCUGACUGGACUGGCGGAGCGCGAAGCAAGAGAGCGAGGUGAUCACAACGAAGCCUGUCAAUGGACGACUUGAACGCACUUCUCAUUUCUUUUCACCGCAAGUGCAAGAAGUGCAAGAACAAUUGGCGCAUGUGCAAGAAGCGUUGGAGCCGCACGAGUUGGUAGGCUGAUGGGUUAGCCCCCGUAAGCGAAUGCCUAUGCGUACUUGGAGGAGUUGCGCCUGCGCCUAAACCUUGUCGUAACUCACAACCAUACUGCCUUCCUGUUCAUGCAUUGUGUGGUCUCGUUCGGGGACAGUAUUGGCUUUGCAAAGCAAUUCGUGGCGUUCGAUGAGAGGUCCGUCAGAGACGUAUCGAGAAUGUCAAUUGGCUGAAGGAAAGAAAGAAAGAGCAAGCAAGGGACCGUCUAAAGCCUUAUCUCCUGGGUACUUUAUACUCUGUGCCAGAGCCCAGAUAGAUCUCGCUUUCUUUGCCUUGGCAUAUGGUAUCUAUGCCCGAAGGGGGGACAGAGAAUAUCACGUCGCUUGUAUGGGGAAGCAGAGGAGGCAAAGGGGAGAAGCGAUGCCGAUCCAUCUGUUGUAUCCGCCACAGAGCCUAGACCACGAUGGAUCGUGUGUGAUUACAGUGCCAGGUCGGCUGGAGCCCACGUUUCAGUCCAAAAGACGAACAUCGCUUGGAAGCUCUGUCUCAUCGGAUAUGAUCGGUCGAAAGGUCCCUCCUCUCUGGACCUCGCUUGAUGUCAAGGCAAGGCGAAGCGAAGAACAAGCGACAUUGGGUUCUGCUGCCUCGAGGUUGCCGUGCCCCAGUUGACGUUGACGUUUAACGAGCAGGUGGAGCGUCGUGUGGCUCCUUUUGGACCAGUAGCGUAUCGGAGGUAUAAAGCACUAAACUUCUUCGCCUCUCAAUCAUCUGCCAUCUCACUCCGGCCACAACAACAUAGCUAUAUCCAAAUCGCACUUCUCAAUAUGAUUGCUAUCAACCCCGAAGUGAGCCAGCACCCUUUAUCGUCUUCCCAGUACUCUCCUCCACUGACGCUUCUCCCCUCCAGCCCGUCAACCAAUGCAACUGCUCU